UCUGGGGCUGCAGCCGCUCAGCCAGGACAGAGCAGUCCCCGGCUCCAGGACAGAUCUCAAGCGCUGCCGCUGCCAGGCGCCCCAGCCACCAGCAAGAAAUGGGAAACUGGGAAUCCCUAGUGUCCUCACUGCCGGCUCAGGAGCUGGGCACCUUCGUCCAGCAGCAGCUGCGGCCCCAGGAAAGCUGUGAGCAGCAGAUCUGGGACGCGGUGGAUCACGUCUGCACCGUCCUGCUGAGAAACCACGACCCCAGGUUGCAGGGUGUGGCAGUGGGUGGCUCCUUCGGCAGGAAGACAAUGUUGAAAGGCGACUCUGACGGCACCCUCGUCUUCUUCCUGGAUGAAUUACAACAGUUCCGCGAUCAGAUGAAACCUCAGCACAAAACCCUCGAAGAGAUCGUGCACCAGCUGACGGGCAGUUUGAGAAGCUACAGCAAGCUGCUUGAGUGCGAGACCUUUGGGACCACAUUCACGGUGCUGACGAGGGAGCAGAAGGUCACCUUCAAGGUGCAGACCGCCUUCAACGCCCUGGGUGAAAGCCAGACUCCCUCCCCCUGGCUGUACCGGGAACUCAUCAGAUCCACGGAUGAGACCAAGGCCGCUCCGGGAACGUUCGCUGUGUGCCUCACCAGACUCGAGCAGCAGUUUUUUGAUAAGUUCCCCCGCAAAGUGAAGGAUCUGAUCCUCCUGCUGAAGCGCUGGUAUCAGCAGUGCCAGAAGAAGUGGCCGUCUGGUGUGUCACUGUCCACCUACGUUCUGGAGCUGCUGGCCGUGUACGUCUGGGAGCAGGGCUGCGGGGCCGAGGAUUUUGACAUCGCAGCAGGCGUCAGGGCCGUGCUGGGGCUGAUCCUGCAGUGGUCACAGCUGUGCAUCUACUGGACCGUGAACUAUGACCUGGAGGACGAGACCGUCAGGAACAGGCUCCUAUGCCAGCUGUGCUCCCAGAGGCCGGUCAUCCUGGACCCGGUGGAUCUAACCCACAACCUGAGCAGAAACGUCCCACAGCUGCCGCUGCAGGCAGAUGCACGGCACUGGCUGUCUUCGCUGGGCCCCACCCCGGCCUGGAGUGUCCUGCCAACGCCUCUCUUCAUGACCCCGGGCCAUCUGCUGGACAAAUUCAUCCAGGACUUUCUCCAGCCGAACAAAGAUUUCCUCGAGCAGGUCCGGAAAGCCGUGGACAUCAUCUGUUCCUUCCUCAGAGAAAACUGCUUCCUGAACUCAGCUAGCAAAGUGCAAAGCACCAUCAAGGGAGGGUCCACCGCCAAGGGCACGGCGCUGAAGACGGGCUCUGACGCCGACAUCGUCGUAUUCCUGAGCUCGCUGAAGAGCUUCCCCUCCCAGAAAACCUGCCGCAGCGAAAUCGUCCGGGAAAUCCGCCGGCAGCUGGAGGCCUGUCAGAGGCAGCGGGAGUUGGAGGUGAAGUUUGAGAUUUCCAAGUGGGCGGCGCCCAGGGUGCUAAGCUUCUCGCUGAGAUCCAGAGACCUCAAUGAGAGUGUGGACUUCGAUGUGCUGCCCGCCUAUAACGCGCUGGGUCAGAGCAAGUCCACCCUGCAGGCCUACUCGGAGCUCAUAGAUCUGUACAGAUCCUCAGACGUCAUCGGCGGCGAGUUUUCUGUCUGUUUCACAGAGCUCCAGCGUGACUUCGUUAGCUCCCGGCCCACCAAACUGAAGAGCUUGAUUCGUCUGGUCAAGCACUGGUAUAAACAGUGUGAAAGGAAAAUGAAGUCAAAGGGAUCCCUGCCCCCCAAAUAUGCCCUCGAACUGCUCACCAUCUACGCCUGGGAGCAGGGCAGCGGGGUGACUGAUUUCAGCAUUGCUGAAGGGUUCCGGACGGUCCUGGAGCUGGUGACAAAGUACCAGCAGCUCUGCAUCUACUGGACCGUCAACUACAACUUCGAAGAGGAGAAGACAAGGAUGUUCCUGCUGACCCAGAUCCAGAGGACCAGGCCUGUGAUCUUGGACCCCGCUGAUCCCACUGGUGACGUGGGUGGUGGAGACCGCUGGUGCUGGCAUUUUCUGGCCAGGGAAGCAAAGGCAUGGUUUUCCUCCCUCUGCUUCAGAGAUGGCAAAGGCAGCGUUCUGCAGCCAUGGAAAGUUCCAGUAAGUGUGCUCCAGUAAGAGGAGGCAUCGUCUGCAGACAGCUUCGUGGCAGGACUGCGUCAGAGAAUUUCUCCUGCUGCUGCCACACUGAGUAAUUCAGCCACAAAGAUCAAAACAGCUCAGUGACGGGGGCUUCCACAACCUCUCCCUUCCCCCAGUCUGUUAUAAGCAAUCCUGAGGGGGGAGAUUCCAGGCAAGUGGUGCUUUCUCUGGGACAGGUGUGCCCCGCUUCGGUGGUGCUAAUGACUUUCUCAUCCUUAAUACUCUUGACAUUUGUGGCCGAGUGAUUCUUUGUCUAGAAUGGGGCUCCCCUGCAUGGUAGUGCAAUGGAGAUUUUAAAAUUUCAGCAAGCUAGCUAGCAGUGUGACUCCAUGUAAGACAAGAUAUGCUCCCCCAACCCACCACAGUUAGAUCACCAGCCUCAGUUCACUUUGACCAGCUGCAUCCGGCUGCUUUUUACAGACAGACAGUCCCAGGUCAGCUUGACCACAUUCACCUGGGCUGAGUUCCCACCUAAAAAUAUAUUCUGUUUUGCUAGCCUGUUCUACAAAAGACAGACCAGCCCAGUCAAGGACACACUUGACUGUAUCCCCCUCACCAGCCCCAACCCCAUCUUUGGGCUCUCGUACCUUAAGAUCAAGAACCCCCACCAGCUACACCUGCCCAGAACAAAGCUGCUGGCCUGUGUAUAUGACCCAGCCUGUGGAACCACCGAUGUACUAACUCACUAUCAGCUUAUGUACUACCUGCUUGCAAAACCUAUAUAAACAAAGCCUGGACCUGACUUGGGGCUGGUGAUUUGGAAGCGGUACCCCCCAGCCCACCAGCGUAAUAAAGAGUUGCCUUCCAGCUCCGUGGUGCAGAGCAGCUUCCUUUUUGGUCCAGUACUGGGUUCUGCACAGUAAGGUUUUGAUCCCAGGCUCUGCCUGUCUGCUGUACCCAACUGACACCAUUCAGAUGUCUCAGUGAGAGGUUGAGGCUAGAAGAUGAUCACAAAUUUGGCUCACCUUAGUGAGACCCUGUCUCAAAUCUUCAAACUUUGGGUUUCAACCUCUAAUUUUAAACAAUUAAAAAAACCUCAAGGAAUUGUCACAUGUAGUCUGGGGUGCGAAAAUGCCCCCAGGUGUGAUCUAGGCUUCAGACAAACCCCUCUACCUCUAAGCAUAGGCUCAGCUCACUCAUCAAGACUUGCACUGGUGAAAAACACCUGAAACAAGGUCUCUGGCUGUAAUUUCCUUCCCAGAUGUAGCCCCCAAUUUGGGGGUGCGGGGGCUGCACUCUUUUCCCCUGCAGCUAUCACGGCUUAGGGAAUGCUGCUUCCCUCUAGGCCGUGCAGUCCCCGGGGAGCUGUGGAGCCCGCAUCCACCCGGUUGUCAGUGAGGUGCUGUCGGUACAAAGUCAUUUCCCGUGAAGUCAUUUCCCGGGAUGGUGCCGCUAGAAGAAACACCCAGAGUCUGCUGCCAGCUGCUCCCAAAGCAUCAGCUCCCAAAGGAGGACCAGCCCCAUCCCCUCACUGUUCCGCCUCCUCUUCUCUCGCUUCUUGGACCCUUCUGGAAGCCAAGAUGGCAAGCCCUUGGUGGAGGCCCCGCUCUGUGACGGACGUGCCUGUAACAGCAUCUGCUGUCCGCCGGUGCUGCAGGCACCAAUUUCUGUGCCCCAUUCUCUAUUUUUCCAGACCCCCCCCUUUCCUGUAAGUCUUACAAAGGAACCCCCUGUGCUCCCCAAGAAGCCCCCACUUGGGCUUUGGCAUCACUCUGAGCUUGCUCUCACAGUCUUCUGUCUCCUCCAUCACCUGCCUCUUUUCUUCCCUUCUGUGCACAAACCCUCCUCCUCCUGCAACGCGGAGGUCCCCGGCCAGGAGACAGCCACUGUCUUCUCACCAUCAGGCCCCCAAGGCUCGCUUGGCAAGGGUUGCUUCCCCUAGAUGAGCCUGCUGCCCGCCCCCCUUCAGCAGGCUCCUCCGGCCACACCUGAAGGCUCCUCCCUCGGCCUCUAGCUUCAGAGAUACUUGGGGCCUGGGUGCUCUCACCUCAUAAGCCCCUACUUAUGGUUUUAUUUCCACAGCUUCUAUAAGAACAAAGAAUCUGCCUGGCCUUUCUGCCCUGAUACUUCCUGACACAGAGCAUUAAAACACAUGGCAUUUCCUGGCCAAAGUGUUCUUUAUCUCCCUAACAAGCCUCUCCUGACCCUCUCUUCGAGGAAACUAAUGAGCUGAUGGAGAGGGCUCAUGGGGUGUUUCAAGGGAGGGACUUUCAGUCUUGCCCCCAAAAUCUCUAGGGAGGAGAAAGGGUUAGAGACUGAGUGCAAUCACAACGAUUUAAUCAGCUGUGCUGGAUGAUGAGACCCCAGUUACCACAGAAGGAGAGCGAGGGCAUCUGGAGGACGAGGUUUGGGAGCAUCCAAGCUGGCGAUUCUCCAGCAUCCCGUCUCCAUGGAGACCGAAGCUGCCCUCAGGACUCCAUGCAUCUCUUGUGUGUUACUCACUUCUAUCUUGUCUAAUAAAAUGGUGAUUGGUGAUGCAA